AUGGAUCAAGACUAUGAAUUACAAAGUGAAGUAAGGUCAUGUGUCACAAAGGUUGACAAGUCACAACCACAAUUUGAAACUCAGCGUUUUGAGAGAUUUUCGGAUUGGAAGAAACUUGUAUGUGCUAUAGUGGGACUCCAGAGUAUCGCACGCGAUAGACAUCACAUCUCUCCAAGUGCCUUUUCAAGUGCAUAUGCUUACAUCACAGCUGAAAACUUCAUCAUUCGUCAAGUUCAGUGUGAAUACUAUGCUGUAGACAUACAGCGCAUCCACUCUAAAAUGUCCAUAUUGAAGGACAGCCCACUCUAUUCAUUGAAUCCAUUCGUUGACGAAGACGGAAUGCUCAGGAUAGGUGGCCGUCUCAACAAAGCAGAAUUAGAAGUUGGCUUAAAAAAUCCACUGAUCAUACCUGGUCGUCAUCACAUAGCGCUACUUCUAGUUCGCAUGUACCAUGAGCAAGUGAAUCAUCAAGGACGUCACUUCAGGGAGGGAGCCGUUAGAGCUGCGGGCCUGUGGAUCACCAGUGGCAAGCGCCUAAUAAACUCUGUGAUUUUCAAGUGUGUGAAGUGUCGCAAACUGCGAGGCCGAGGCGCUGAACAGAAGAUGGCAGAUUUGCCAGAGGAUCGCCUAACUCCAUGUCCUCCAUUUACUUUUGUACGCGUGGACACAUUCGGCCCAUGGUCCGUCACCACACGACGCACCAGGGGAGGACAGGCAAAUAGCAAGCAUUGGGCUUUGUUGUUCACUUGCCUUGUCAUCAGAGCCGUCCACAUAGAGGUGAUAGAUGAGCUGAGUACCUCGGCUUUUAUCAACAUGCUGAGGCGCUUCAUAUCCAUCAGAGGCAAAAUGAAGGAAUUCCGUUCGGACAGGGGCACAAAUUUCACUGGAGCUUGCAGUGUUCUCAAUGUGAAUGUCAUAAAUGUAGAGGAUGAGCCAAUUAAAAGGUUCCUGUCUGAUAACAAGGCUAGUUGGAUCUUCAAUCCACCUCAGGCAUCCCAUAUGGGAGGUGUAUGGGAGAGGAUGAUUGGAGUAGUGAGAAGAAUCCUAGACUCUAUGCUAGCAAAUGUGUCUCAUAGAAAUCUCACUCAGGAUGUGUUGACAACACUAAUGGCAGAAAUCUGUGCAAUUGUUAAUGCAAGACCAAUAGUACCAGUUUCCUCGGACCCUGAAGUUCCAGGUAUAUUAAGUCCCUCUUCUUUGUUGACGCUCAAGUCAGAUCAUGCGGAGAAUCUUGUGACAAACUGUAACAUGACAGAUUUGUAUCAGUCUCAGUGGAGGCUAGUGCAAGCACUCGCUGAACAAUUUUGGUCAAGGUGGAAAACUGACUAUCUUCAUACCCUACAGGCUAGACGUAAGUGGUUUGACAGUAAACCUAACAUUGAGCAAGGUGAUGUUGUUCUUCUGAGAGAAAAGGACACUGUUCGCAAUGAAUGGCCUAUUGGACUGGUCGAAAAUGCCAUUCAGAGUGAGGAUGGCAAAAUACGAAAAGCUGUUAUUCGUGUUAUCCGCAAGAACUCUGUGUUGAAACUAACUCGCCCAAUCACAGAACUUGUGUUGCUGAUGAAAGUAUCAGCAAAUGAUAAGUGA